AUGACAAGGCGAAAGAAUCACCGUCGAGCUCGCCAAAAGCAAAUUCUGCAAGAUUCUUGCCUCACACUGGAUAAAUCAAACGAAAAUGUUGAAAUUGAUAAUCUUGACCAAACUUUGGGAGUAGACCAUGAUACAUCAGUUCCAAAUCUAAGGACCCCUGAAGCGGUGAUGUAUAAUUCCCAAAAUUCAACUGACCCAUUGUAUUUGAAGGACCUGAGUCCAAACCUAAUUGGAAAAAUUUCAAGAUCCAAAGUAGACCUUGAUAUGCCAGAUUGUGAUACCGGACAAAUACUGAACAUGGAACCCAUCACAAAGCUCGACAUAAGCUUCGAAAAUGUGAUAUCAGAGAGGCAAUGUUGUGACGAUACUUCCUCCAAGUUGAAGGAUAUUCAAGUUGAACCUAUUCAUAUCAAUCUGGAUAAUUAUUUACUGGAUAAAACUGUAUCUCUUGACAAUGCUAUGAAAAUCGAAUUAGCAGCCGAAGGCACUGGAUGGACUGAAACGCAUGACAACAUUGUGAAUAAUAUGCAAAAAAGUAGCACAACUUUUACGGCUUUUGAUCAGCCUAAAAUCGACGAAUUUAAUGAGACAAAUGAUCACUUCAAUUUCAACAACCUGAACAAAGAAAUUAAUUCUGGCACAUGUAUCUUGGAAGAAACUAGCCCUGUGAGUUCAAAGAGCUGCCGAACGAAUUCGUCAGUGCAGAGAUGUUUUAUGUUCGAAUGUAAACAAGGGGGGGAAUACCCAGAAGCUGAUAAAAUCUUGCUGGAAGUAGAUGAGAAUUGGUACAGAAAGAAACAGAUAUUUCCAAGCUUGACACAAUUAGAUAUUCUACACACAGCAUCUGAACCUGGACCAUUGGCGACAAAUUAUAUGAAUGAAAACGCCAGUAACACAAACUUGUGCGACCAAUUUAAUUCACAAUCAACAUAUUAUGAUAAUGGAGAUACUUACUGCUGGUCAAAUGCAGUUGAAGAUGAGGGAAUCAAUUGUUCGAGAAGUAGCUCACCGCCAGCCAAAAGGAGUCGAACAGCAUUGCAUUUCGAAAGUGAGAACCAGCCAAAAACAUCUAUAGCUUGCCCUCCAAAUUUUAAAUUUCAAAGUAAGCCGGUUACUCCGAUGCAGGACGACAGUGAAUAUACUAUAGCUCUGAAAAAAUACUGUAGCAGUUCCUCGUGUUCACCAGCAUCUGUUGACUUGCCAACAGUAUCAGAUUUGGAUGCAAAAGUGUCUACAUCAGAGAUAGAAUCUCAAGUGCUCAAUUAUGCAAAACCACAUCCAGACUGUAUGCAUUGCGUUCGAAUAGCACAACCUCCGGCAUUGCGGAUAAGAACUGUAAUAGUACCUUUCACCAAAAUUACAGAGUUCUGUAUAUGGAUUACUAAAAAAUUUGUUGAGCUACUUAGAAAGGGAUGGGUACGACUCCGAAGUGCAGCUGCAACCAAUGUACAAAAACCUGGAACAGAAGACCCAGAUGAAAUAGUCAACAAGUUGACUCAAUUAGUCACGACGAUAAGAUGUGAACACGAACAAUCAAUAUCAACGUUAAGUGAAAAAGUAAUGCAACUUUCAGCAGAGCUGAAUCAGGUUCGAAUGCAAAGUGAAGCAGCACUCUCAGCCUUGACCACAGAAGUUACCGGUGUGCGCGAAGCCAGUAUUAAUCUUGUGCAAAACAGCACGGUUUUAACAGAUCAAUUGAAGUCAAUACACAAUACAUUGGAGACUACACAUGUGAAAUCAUCCAUGCCACCACCGCCACCACCACCACCGCCACCUCCGCCACCACCAUCACAGCCAAUAAUACCCACGACACCAAAGAGUAGCCGGAGACUCAAAACACCUACGAGAAAGUGUUCUACUCCACUACAGCACAGCAGACCAGCUAUUACAGUAGAAGAUUUGUUGAAAGUUACUUUAAAAAAGGCAGCACCACCUGCCAAGGAAAACAAAUUGCACAAACCUGUAUACGCUCGUGGUCCAGCAGUCUCGUUGGACAUGCUACGCAGUGUGAAAUUAAGAUCGGCAAGACGUCGAUCAAUUGACCGGGGUUCAAAGUCACCAAGGAGUACAUCACUGUCAACGAGAGCACGUUCUCUCACACCUCUCAGUUUGUCUCCGAUUAUGACAGGGACAGAAAGUCCAUUGAGUAGGAUCCUUAGACAGGUGGACAUCAAUAAGCGAGGACCAAAGCGGGCUUUAUCCGAUUCAACGUACAGUGACGCAGAAUUAUCCAAGAACAGUCCCCACAAUCUCAGCAUUGUAAAACACAGUAAGUCUGACUCAUUGAUGAUAUAAUGCAAUACAAUUCUCUGAUCAUAUUAGGACUGUGAACAUAUCAAAUUAGUAGACUAAAAUAUAAGUACUCAAGUGAAUCACACUUGAGAGAUAAGACAGUGACCUGAUCUAGUUUACCAGAACUAAGUGUACAGCAAAUUUUACUGACAGAUAUUGUGAUAAGAUCAUACAUGUAUAAAGAAAAAGAAAACAA